AUGGAUAAGUCCGCCUCUGCAGCCUAUCUUGAUGAUACCUCUAAAUGGGAAUCAUUUAAUCUUGAUCCCCGAUUACUACAAGCUAUUGACCAUCUUGGAUUCAAAUAUCCCACAUUGAUUCAGUCGAGCGCUAUUCCUCUUGCUUUAGAGGAAAAGAGAGAUAUCAUAGCCAAGUCUAGUACGGGCUCUGGCAAAACAGCUGCAUACUGUAUUCCAAUAUUACAGAAUAUCAUAUCUACAGAAAACUCCAAUGAGAAAAGCGUGAAAAGCAUUAUUCUUGUUCCUACGAGAGAACUUUCCAGCCAAGUGUGUCAGUUUUUGGAGCUGCUUUUGGUGUACUGCAACCAUAAAUUCAGCGCAGUAAACCUCUCUUCAAAUGUAUCAGAGCAAGUUCUCAAGUCCUUGUUGGUGAAUAAACCUGAUAUUAUUGUUUCUACUCCAGCAAAAUUGAUUGAAGUUUUGGAACAAAACGUUAACACCAACAUGAUUGAUUUAUCCAAAGUAAGAAGUUUGGUAAUUGAUGAGGUUGAUUUAGUGUUGUCUUAUGGCUACAUGGAGGAUUUGCAACAGCUUGAGAGUUAUUUGCCUGUUAAAACCAAUUUGCAGACCUUUUUAAUGUCUGCAACUAUCAAUGAUGACUUGGAGGAAUUGAAAACUCGGUUUUGCUCAAGACCAGCUGUUUUAAGGCUUAAUGAGCAAAACUUGACCAAGGCCAAUUUGGUUCAAUACUACGCGCGUACCACAGAAUUUGAUAAGUUCUUAUUGUCUUACGUCAUUUUUAAGUUGAACUUGAUCAAGGGGAAGACAUUGAUCUUUGUUAAUACUAUAGACCGUGGCUAUAGAUUAAAAUUGUUUCUAGAGCAAUUUGGCAUCCGAUGCUGUAUUUUGAACAGUGAAUUGCCUGUCAAUUCCAGAUUGCAUAUCGUCGAUGAGUUCAACAAGGGAGUGUAUAAUUUGUUGAUUGCUACAGAUGAGACAAAUGAUUUCACCAAAGAAGAAGAUGAGGACGAGGAGGAAGGGACUACGAAGAAGGUAGCUGAAAAUGAACAACAAGGUAACAGUGAUGAAAAGACUGAGAAUAAUGAGAACGUGACUGAAGAGAGCGAAGCUUCUCACAAGAAAAGCAAGAAGAAUAAGAACAAAGCGAAAAAGGACAAGGAGUAUGGUGUUUCCAGGGGAGUUGAUUUCCGUAAUGUUGCGUGCGUUCUUAAUUUUGACUUGCCGACGACAUCAAGAGCCUAUAUUCACCGUGUUGGAAGAACAGCGAGAGCUGGCAAAGCCGGUAUGGCUCUAUCUUUUGUUAUCCCUAAGAAAGAGGUUGGCCGCCACAGGGUAGCUGGUUUGGGCGGCCCGCAAAAAGACGACAAAAUCUUGAAGAGAAUAGAGAAACAACAAUCAAAGAAUGGUUUCGAACUCAAACCAUAUCAGUUUGAUAUGAAACAAGUUGAAGGAUUCCGUUACAGAGCAGAAGACGCUUUCAGAGCUAUUACACUUGUUGCCAUUAGGGAAGCUAGGGUGAUGGAAUUGAAGAACGAGUUACUUAACAGUGACAAGCUUAAGAGGUUCUUCGAGGAAAACCCGCAAGAUUUGGCAUCAUUAAGACACGACAAAGAAUUACAUCCUUCCAGAGUUCAGUCGCAGUUAAAAAGAGUUCCUGAGUAUUUAUUGCCUGCAAGCGCUAGAAGUGGAGGUCAAAAAGACCUUGGAUUUGUUCCGUUCAAAAAGAAUAAAGUGCACAAGAAUAAGAAGAGAAAAGGUGGACGCAAAAUGGAUCCAUUGAAAAACAUCAAACGCUGA